AGUACACACGUUAGAUGAGACAAGAAGGAAAGCAACACAAGAGAGAAAUAGAGAGCCAAGCUUGAGCUAAGCUAGGAUGGGGUUGCUCCUGCUGCUUCAGGUCCUCCUGGUGGCCGCGGCGGCGAGGGCCCCGGCGGCGCAGGCGUGGGGCAAGGAGGGACACUACAUGACCUGCAAGAUCGCCGACGGUUUCCUGACGAGCGAGGCGUUGACGGGGGUGAAGGCGCUCCUCCCGUCGUGGGCCAACGGCGAGCUCGCGGAGGUGUGCUCGUGGGCGGACAGCCAGCGCUUCCGGUACCGGUGGUCCCGCUCCCUGCACUUCGCCGACACCCCCGGCGACUGCAAGUUCAGCUACGCCAGGGACUGCCACGACACCAAGGGGAACAAGAACGUGUGCGUGGUCGGGGCCAUCAACAACUACACCGCCGCGCUCCAGGACUCGUCCAGCCCAUUUGACCCGACGGAGAGCCUGAUGUUCCUGGCGCACUUCGUGGGCGACGUGCACCAGCCGAUGCACUGCGGCCACGUCGACGACCUCGGCGGCAACACCAUCAAACUCCGAUGGUACAGGAGGAAGAGCAACCUGCACCACGUGUGGGACUCGGACGUGAUCACGCAGGCCAUGAAGGACUUCUUCGACAAGGACCAGGACGCCAUGAUCGAGUCCAUCCAGCGCAACAUCACCGACGACUGGUCCAGUGAGGAGAAGCAGUGGGAGGCGUGCCGCAGCAAAACCACGACCUGCGCUGAGAAGUACGCCCAGGAGAGCGCGGUGCUGGCAUGCGACGCGUACGAGGGCGUCGAGCAGGACGACACCCUAGGAGAUGAGUACUACUUCAAGGCGCUGCCGGUCGUUCAGAAGAGGCUCGCUCAGGGGGGCGUGAGGCUGGCGGCGAUCCUCAACAGGAUCUUCAGCGGGAACGGCAGGCUGCAGAGCAUCUGAUCGAUAGAAUUUCGUCGAAAUAAAGGGAGAACAAUGUAUAAUAAGAUCAUCCUGUCUGACCAACGUUGUAGCUUCGCCAAAAUCACCUAAUUCGAGAUUAGAUUUGUUAUCCAUCCACCAAAACGGCUUUAGAUUCGCUGCUGCAGGAAACCUUUGUAUCUACACGUACUGCCGCAGCAAAUCAUUGUACCUAUAUGUACGUACGUGUAAGGCGAUGUAUUGUUGAUUGACACAAUUGUGUCAUUUUCAUUUCCACUAGACGAUAGCGAUCUACUUUCA